CGGAGGGGAUGCGGAGGGUAGGCGAUUUGAACGGAGCUGUGGCGAGCUAUCUGGAAGCGCUCGAACUCCUCAUCGACUCUCAAGACAACCGAACAGAGGUCGCGGAGGAUGUGUCGGAUAGCGAUACGGCGAGGGAAGGUGACGAUUUGGACGUGGUCGCGCUGAUGGCCAAAAUGGACGAUUUCUGCCGGGAGAUUGCUGCUCCUGUCCUUCACGAAAUUUACGUCCCCCAUCAUUUGGCACCACAAACACUUAACGAUAUCCGGCAACUGGCUUCGGCAAUCUACCACAAUCGACGAGACAUUUUUGGCAAGGCGGAUCCCGAAACACUAGAGUCCCUUCGCUUGCUCAUGAUGAUGCUCUUUGUCAUUGGGCGGUGGACGGACGCGAUCGACCAUGGGCGAGAGUAUCUACGACUCACUAGUAUGAUAACCGAGCACACGGAUGUUCACCAGCGGAUGGAGGUGAAGCGUGUGCUUGGGUUGAUGCUACGUGAGCUGGAUGCCACCGAACAAAAAGAGGCCCAAAUGCACUUGGACGAAGUCUACCGGUUCCGAAAGGACGAGCUUGGCCGGACCCACGAAAAGACGAUCCGAAGCUUGUUUGACUUGUCAACUGUCAACGAGUCGUUGGAUAAUCUGGAGGAUAUGGUGGCCAUGUUUGAAGUUGUAGUUGACGAGUGCAUUGGCGAAUUGGGAGAAGGCCACCCCAGGACGUUGCUCUGCUUGUCCCACCUUAUAUUGCUAUUUGACAAGGUGGGAAGAGAGGACGAUGCUUCGGAUAUGCAAGCUACCCUCAACCAACGCCUAGAAGAGGCAAGAGAGAAGCGUCAUGGUGACCUGUUCCUGGCCAUGGCCAAUCAAGCACUGUUCCUCGUAGAGCUAGAAGAACUCGAUGAGGCAGAAGCUGUCUACCAACGCCUCACAAACCUCUAUUCAACCUCCCUAAGCGAAAGCCACCCGGAUCGUAUACGAAUCAUGGAACAGUAUGCGCAAUUUAUGCAGUCCAUUGGCGAAGUGCCAUCGGCCACUGAAGUUCGAGGAAGAGUCGUCGAGACGUUGAAGAAGACACUAGGGCCGCAACACCCGCAAACGUUACGAUCAACCUUUGACCUAGCAAGCUGCCUUGGCGCCUCCAGUCAGUUCCCACAAGCCAGAACCUUACUGGAAGAAGUAGUCGCAGGGUACCAAGAAAUGCUAGGAUCCGAAUGUGGAAAGGUCGUUGAAGCUCUACAAGCCGCUGGUAUCAUCCUCGUUCAGCUCGGUGAGCUGGUCCAAGCGCGCGAGGUCCACGAGCAGAUCGUCGAAAAGCUUACGGCCAAGUACGGCGAGUCGGAUGAAAAGACGAUUGCAGCGUUUGUCAGUCUUGCUGGUGUCAUUUGGUCGUCUGGGAUGGAGACCGAAGGGCUCGCUAUGGAAGUCAAGGCCAUUGAGUUACAAAAGAAUGUUCUUGGUCCCAAGCACCCUACCACCCUACAAACGAUUCAUAACCAUGCCGUCACGCUGCAGUCGAUUGGCCGAUACUCAACCUCGUUCGCUUUGCUCAAGGAGGUCCACGCCGCGAGAAAGGACGUACUCGGAGAUGCACAUACGCACACGAUUGCCAGUCUUUAUUCUGUUGCUGUCAGCUUGGAAGGACUGGGCCAAAAUGAGGAGGCGGUCAAGACAGUGGAAGCGGUAGUCGAGUUGGCGGAGCGGAGUUGCGAGAAUGGAGACUUGGAGGAGUCAGAAGUCGAAGAGUAUAGGGACUCCCUAACAGAAAUGAGGAAGGAGUUGGACUUGUUCGAGAAGAA